UGGUGCCGGUAUAAAAGCCGGGAGCCGUUCUCUCGCCACGGAGCGCUGGUGUAUGAGAGGAAAAUGUAUCGUCUCGGCCAACUGUUUAUUUCCAAGAUCGCUUUCGAUUGCUUUUUAUCUACCGUGCCGCGGGAACAUUUUCACUUUACUAGACAAUACAAUAAAAGCUGGUCGUGUAUUGGCUGAUUUUUGAUCACAUUUAAUUUAAAUCUGCACAGAAAAUGCCAAGGACCAAGAAGAAGAAAAGCAAGGGGGGACAGCAUGGAGCUGUACAGCCUUUCAGUGAUGAGGACGCCUCCAUUGAAACUCUGAGUCACUGCAGCAGCUUCAGUGAUUCCACCAGUGUAGCAGAUGAAGGUGGAGAUGGAAGUGAAGACACAGCCCAGGAGGAUUUUCAGUAUAAACUGAAGGGCUUUAUCGACAGCACUGUGGACAAAAGUGCAAAGACCAGACAGGGCGCUCUGGACGGGCUGAAGACCGCCAUGGCCACGCGGAUCCUCUACGAGUUCAUCUCGGAGAGAAGGAUGACCAUCACAGACAGCAUCGAGCGCUGCCUCAAAAAAGGCAAAGGGGAGGAGCAAAGAGCGGCGGCCUCUCUGGCUUGUCUGCUCUGCAUCCAGCUGGGUUCAGGAAUAGAGAGCGAGGAGGUGUUCAAGACCCUGAAGCCCAUCUUCAAGAACAUCCUGGUAGACGGAUCAGCUAACAUUCAAGCCAGACAAGCGGUGGCGACGAGUCUGGGUCUUUGUACGCUGGUUGCAGAGGACGAUGUGUUGGACGUGCAGGCCACCAUGGAGUGUUUUGAGAACCUGUUCACCCGAUCCUACGCCAGAGCAGAUGGUACCUGUCCUUCGAUCAACCCACAGACGAGCCAGCUCCACACCAACGCUCUGCUGUCCUGGGCUCUGCUGCUCACCAUCUGCUCUGCUAACCAGCUCAAGGAGAUCUUGCGCAAACACCUCCCCAAACUGCCCAAGCUGCUUGAGAGUGAAGAUGUCAACAUGAGGAUUGUUGCCGGGGAGACCAUUGCUCUGCUCUUCGAGUUAGCUCGAGACACGGAGCCUGAGUUUGAGUUUGAAGAAUGGGAUCAGCUGUGCAUCAAGCUGAGCGCCUUGGCCACGGACUGCAACAAGCACCGAGCCAAGAACGACAAGAGGAAGCAGCGCUCGGUGUUCCGGGACGUCCUCAAAGCCGUGGAGGACGGAGACUUUCAGUCCGAAACGAUUCGCUUUGGGACGGAACGCAUGAGCAUCGACAGCUGGGUCAGGAAGAGGACGUACGACGCUUUCCGAGAGUUCGUAGGGUCUGGAAUGAACUAUCACCUACAGGCAAAUGAAUUCAUCAGGGACGUGUUUGAACUGGGACCUCCGAUACUGGUUGACUCGGCAACAAUGAAGGCGAUGAAAAUUUCCCGCUUUGAGAGACAUCUUCACAACUCGGCUGCGUUCAAGGCUCGGACAAAGGCCAGGAGCAAGUUCAGGGACAAGAGGGUGGACGUGGGAGAAUUCUGAGCUUUCAUUUGUUGUGCUUUUUGUUUCCUCCUCUGUUUUCUAGAUAAGUAGUCAUAUUUGGAGUUUUUUAAAAUUCUAAAUGAAACAGCUCUGGUGUUUUAAAGUAGCCACAAAAAUAACGUUUGUAUUGAAACAGCAGCAAAUGUUGAAUAAUCCCAACAGGUUGUAGUCAGAGAAAAGAAUACUGUGUAUCUACAGAAAUUGUAAAUAUUUGUAAAGUCGUCUUUUGACCAUUUUGUGGCUUCUUUUUUUUUGUGUCGUAAUUUAUGAAAUAUUUCUAUCAAAACGUAUAAAGUUAGUUUUUUUUUUUUUUUCCCCCUCCCUUGUUUUUGGUGUCGACGGCCAAACCGUCCUUAUAAUUUGCAUUAACUGUGGGAAUUAGGCCUAUGUAGUUAAAUGUCUGUCUGUUAAAAUAAAAACAGAAGAAAAACUAA